AUGCGCAUUCCGCCGCACACCGAGGCGCGUCGCCGCGCGCGAGCGAUCGAGGUGGACGAUCGAUCGAACGCGAGAGGGCGACGCGGAGAGACGGACGACGAGUCAGACAUGGACGCGGAGGCUUUGCCGGGACGCGCACCCAAAGACGUGCGCGAGCUGGCG